UUGUUUUCGUUUUGCCCUGUGGCAAUGAAUUCUCGCUUACGUGAGCUAGCAUUCCUACUAUUUUGUGCCGUGGGUGUCUUUUUCUCCUACCUUGUAUACGGAAUUAUUCAAGAAAAAUUAACGAAAGGCAAUUAUGGCAACUCGAACGACAGGUUCAACUACUUCUUCUCUAUGCUCCUCUUCCAAUGCCUCGCCAACACCGCCUUUGCUGCAGUUGCACUGACUUUCACUAGAGAACCUCGGGGGGAGGUCACCGAAUCGAAAUUCGCUCUGUGUGGUUUUACGUACAUUGGUGCAAUGUUCGCGAGCAACUUCAGUCUAAAAUUUGUUUCUUACCCCACACAGGUCGUUAGUAAAUCUAUCAAACCUAUCCCUGUCAUGAUUCUCAAUGUUAUUUUGGCAAAACGGAAGUAUCCCCUUCAGAAGUAUCUAUUCGUGACCAUGAUCUCUAUGGGAGUAAUGAUGUUUAUGUACAAAAACAACGUCACCUCUACUGGCAGUUUCUUUGGCGGUGGAGAAUGUUUGUUGUUAAUCUCACUCUUAUUGGAUGGAAUAACCGGUGGGGUUGAAGAGUCCUUAAGUAAACACAAAGUCGGCUCCUACACUCUGAUGUUCCGCAUGAAUAUGUGGUCCGUCAUUUAUCUUAUUUGCGCUUUAAUAGCAACCGGUGAGGGCGCAUUGUUCGCUCAAUUCGCGCAAAAGCACCCGAUUGUACUAUACAAAUUGGCACUUUUCGGUUUGACGAGUGCAGUUGGUCAGAUCUUUCUGUUCACAUUGCUUACUAACUUCGGGUCGUUGAUGUGCUCGAUCGUAACCACAACGCGAAAGUUCUUCACUGUGCUGGUUUCCAUUAUUCUGUUCGAACAUGUAAUGACCACGCGACAGUGGAUCGGAACCGUGCUGAUCUUUUCUGGCAUCUUUUUGGAUCAACUCUACGGAAAGAGCGCUCAUAAAACUGUUCAUGGCAAGGGUCACGCCCAGACCGAUCGGGAAACGUCCAAAAAGCGUGAUGAGACCAAGUUAAAGGGUCUUUGAGCACUAUCGAUGCGGAUGUGCGUUACUUUUGACUUUUGCUUCCAUCUGUGCAAUGUUUCGUGAUACAGUUUUGUUGCAUAGUUUGCACGUGUUUUCUUUUGUUUAUCACCACAAAGACUGGUUGGUUUUUGCACUGCACAACCUAUAAAUGGAUGCAACAAGUGUGCUCAAGAUUAUGAUGACGUCAUCUCGUUUUUUAUCUCAUUACGUCGCCAAUCAGGACUUUUUUACUCAUUGUUCAGGAGAGCGUUUUUCGCACAGCCAUUCUUAAUAUGGUCUUUAUGGCACUCUUACUUGAUGCCUCGU